AUGAGGUUCAGUUACAGCUACAGCGGGAGCACAUCCUCCUCGCCCUCACCAUCAUCACUGCCUCCUCCACCUCCUCCACCAACUCCCAACGACGGUUUACUUGAUAUCACACCUCGCAAAUCGUCCUUCUCCAGCGCCAUGGGAAUGAGCUCAGCAUGUGCCUUUCCCUCCUGGCCCAACAGACCGUCUCUGCUCAGCCCAGAGUCAGAAGAAUCUACCGCCAGCUCUUACCUCUCCGAUGAAGACCUCUUCCCUACAGACUUGCCCAUCACACCUCCUUCCGAAAGCGCCAUAGAUGAAGAAUCAGCUGCCUCCGACCCAGUCUAUCUUCCUUCAGGUGCUGACGACCUCACCACCGAAGAACAAAUCCAAAUGAUGCGAGCAGCAGCCGAGGAGGACGAGCGAAGAGCACGGUUCCUGGCACAUGUACAUGCACAUGCGCGCGCUCAACAAGCAUUCAAAGUCGCGCAGUUAGCUGCGGCCGAGCGUGAAAACGCGAAACGCAACAAAAAGAAGCGUCCUGUCGCGAGUAAGAAGCAUCGGUCGUCAUCAUCAUCGACAAAGGCCAGCCGCAUGUGA